CUAAGCUGUUUUUGUUUGCUUUUAAAAAAAACAUAGGGCUACUUGGAUCAGGAAGGUAACCCUAGAGGAUUUGCUGGACUUGUGACACACUUGCACUAUUAUGAACCUGCAAAUUUUGUCCUAGUCAGUUUUCUCGUGAAAGGCUUGUUCCACAAGUUGUGCCGGCCCAUUAAGAAAGGGUCUGCUGAUUUUUCAGAAGAUGUCAUGGAAAAGCUGGUGCUCAUUCUAGCAAACCUGUUUGGGAGGAAAUAUCUUCCAGCGGGCGUGAUGAAACUUAAGAAAUUUUACCAGUCCAAGGUCUUUCUAGAAGAUCUGCCACAAGACUUUGCAGAUGCUGUCCAUGAGUACAACAGCAAAGUAGAGAAAAACUUCGCUUAUUUUCUUCUAACAGCUGCCAAGCUGGCUGAUAUGGAACAAGAAUAUAGACUUCCGCUGUCAAAGACAGAUUUUACAUUUAGAGACUGGCACGGCUCUGAACUAGCAUCUCACCUGAUGGACAACACCAAAAGCGUUUCUGCCAUCUCCCCUUUUGCGUGUUUGUCUGGCAUGAGUGACCACGACUUAUUUAAAGCAGCAAACGUUAAUCAAGCUGUCCUCGGUUCUCUUAGAAUUAACGUCAGCAACUGCCCUCUGCUUCACCUGGAAAAGUACGACGAGCAAGGAAGGAAGCAGCCGCUCAACGCGUACGCGCUGGACUUCUACAAGCACGGCUCGCUGGCCGCGCUCUACACCGACAACUGGUGCGCGCGGCGCGACGGGAGGUCACACCGUGCCCUCCAGCGUUCUCCAGGGGUGCAUCUCCCAGUAUGCUCACACUAG